CAAACAGAGAGCAGCGCAUUGAUCCCCUGAGCCGGACAAAUCACCUGAGAAAAACAAUAUAAUGAAGAUCUGAGCAGCAGCUGAACCCGGACAACACAUUCAGCCUGGAGGAUGUACGAAGCGUGUCUUGACUGUGUGAAAGAGGGAAACAUGAGCACGCAAUAACAGGAUUUUACAUUUUAUUUUUGGGAAAUAAGACAAAACUGAAGGAGCUGAGAAUGUCUUCUGAGGCAGACUUCCGCUGCCAGCAUGGAGAUACUAUCUGUGAGAUCCGUUUGUACGAGCAGGAGGUGAUCAUUGUGCCCGUCUUGCUGCUGGCCAGCUUCCUGGUCACUCUGGUCUUUAUUCUCCUGAUGCACUUUUGUCCAGAGAAAGUCGAUCGUAUCCGUCCGCAGGCCUCAAAGCCGGCCUCCAGGAGAGUGCUGCAUGGCAUCGAUGCUCCACCAGGUAUCAAUGUCCUGGAGCAUGAGAGCAUCGCUCUGGACAUGCCCAGUAGCUACUCCACCUUCAACCCCCCGAGCAUGUACGACUCUAAAACCCCCUCCAGGUCUGUGGCCACACUCUCCCUCCCACCCUCCCAACCACCACCACCCCUCCCCCCCUCCCAACCAACACCCUCCCUCCCAGCCAGCCCCCCACUGGAGCCCCUCAUGCCCAUUUUCACUCCCAUCGUCCAGCCCAGGGAGUUGCCCCGUCAGAGGCUGCCUGAGUCCUUCAACCUGGUCACCCCUCUGCCUGUUGCCUUCUCCCUGCGGCCCAACACCUCUGUGUCCCUCUACAGGGCCCGAAUGGAAAACAGAAAUGUGGUGCUGCGAGUUCUAAAUGACACCGCUGAUGACACAGAAAGACACAGCUUCCUGGGCUUUGCCUCCUUCCUGGCCCAGCUGGGGCCACAUCCCUUCCUGCCAGAGCUUCUCGGUGUGGUCUCACUUCGAGCUCCUCUGGUUACAGUUAUGGAAGAGAUGGAGAACAGAGACCUGCUCAGCUUCCUGUGGCGAUGCAGAGAGCAACACGUGGAUCCUCCAUGUGAGAUGACUGAGAGACGAAUAUUUACCAUGGCUAAACAGGUGGCUUCAGCACUGGAGUUCCUUCACAACAAAGACCUUCUCCACGGAAACAUUCGUGCCCGCAGCGUACUGGUCACCAAGGACUCCACUGCCAAGCUUUGGGGCCUGCAUGGGGUCUACACAAGGAAGAACCAGGGAGCCACGCAGAAAGACGAUCCCAGUAUGAAGAAAUGGCAGGCACCAGAGCUGCUCGCCAGGAGACCCGCCAGUCAGAGCAGCGACAUCUGGUCAUUUGGCAUCUUACUGUAUGAAAUGGCAACAAUGGGUGAAGCUCCGUUUGCAGAAAUCUCAGUUAAUGAGCUUCUGCAGUUUCAUCAACGAGGGAAAAGUCUGAAAAAACCUUCAAACUGUUCCAACACGCUGUACUCCGUCAUUAAGGGUUGCUGCCACUGGAAAGAUCAAGACCGACCCUCUCUGGCUGAGGUGAGCCGCAAGAUCCUCUCAGGAGAGAAAAAUGCCUCUGACAAAGUCCUCAAGGUGUCUGGGACAGUUAACAUUGAGAAGUACCUGCAGGAAGCAGGAUAUGGGGAAACCAACAGCUACACUGUUUUCUGAUCAGUUUUCUGCCUGCAUCAGCAAAAUAAAUUGCACUAUUCUCCCCAGCGGUACACUUCUACAAAACAAUAUCUGUCAGGUGCAAUAAAAGUGUCCCAAACUGUGUUUAUGAGAGCUUUGGGCACUAACAUUUUUUUUAUGUAUUCUCCUACUUCAGGUUCGGAAACAAGAAAAACUGUAUGUGAAAUAAGUUAACUUCUGGGGAACUAAUUAUUUUCAUUUAAGUAAGACCUCAUAAAUAUGUGUAAAUACUGUUGAGGUUCAGUUAGGGUAUUACGACCGGUAAUUUUGCAGUAGUAAACUUUAAGAUAUGUAAACUUGACAAAUGUACAGUCGCUGCAUCCUGAACUUGUAGUCGGUACUGUCGACUUAUGAGUUUACAGAUCUUGUAGAAGCAAAUAUAUAUUAACAGAUGUGAUAUAUCUUAGUACCACAUUUUUGUGGUUAUACAAUUUGGAAGUUGUGGAAAUGAAGGGCACAUUAAAGUAUUUAUGCUAUUUUUACACUGUCUUUUCUAUAAGCUCAGCUCAUGUGAACAUCUGCGAGCAAGAAAUGAGCUCGAACGGUUUACACAAAUGUAAAUGUGAAUUAAAAGAAAUGCAAGAUCAACAACAAUCUUUUUCAUUUUCAAGUGGCAUCAUGGGGGUAUUGAAAGUAUACACAGAGAGGUCCAGUAACAGGUAUUGUUUAUUGGUAGUACUGCAUACAUGUACACAGAGCACUUCCAUUCAGCCCCUUGAGAGAGCAAACCACGAGGAAUACCUAUUUUCAGGUAGUUCAGUUGAUUAAAGCUACUACAACUAUAUCAUAUCCAUGAAAAAAUAAUUUUGAUUGUAGUACAAAAUGGAAAAGAUACAAAACUAAACUUUUGAGAACUGGUAAAAUGAACUAAUUAAAAUACCAGGCACUUAGUGUCCUCUACUUGGUGUGAUUGGAGCCUAGAUAGAACAUCUAUGGUAAAUAAACAGGUAACUACUAAAAAGACAAAUAUAUAAAUGAAGUGGACAUCACUCCAUAUCAUGCCACUAAAGUUAA